AUGAAAAGUGAUACGAAAGAUGAUAAAAAGCAAGGCGGCCGAAGAAAGAUUAAGCUGUACAAACCAAGGAAGAAGAAAAGCGUCGAGGAGGAUGCUGCUAUACAGUAUUUGCAGGCACAGUACGAGAAGAUAAAUCCAAAUGAAAUAGAUUCCUUCAAAGACUUACCUCUAUCCCAGAAGACACUAAAAGGCUUGAAGGAAAACAACUAUGUUACCCCAACUGCAAUACAGAAGCAGGCCAUUGGAUAUGCUUUACAAGGCAAAGAUAUCUUAGGAGCUGCUAAAACAGGUUCAGGCAAAACAUUGGCAUUUCUAGUUCCAAUGCUUGAAUGCUUGUUUUGUAAGAAAUGGACAAGAUUGGAUGGUGUAGGUGCUUUAGUUAUAUCGCCAACCAGAGAGUUGGCAUACCAAAUAUAUGAGACUCUCAGAAAAAUAGGUCACUAUCAUGACUUCUCAGCCGGUCUCAUUAUUGGUGGUCAGAACUUAAAGUUUGAAAGAAAGCGAAUGGACCAGAUGAAUAUAUUAAUUUGUACACCGGGACGUCUCCUUCAACAUAUGGAUGAAAACCCUUUAUUUGACUGUAGUCACCUUCAGAUCCUGGUCUUGGAUGAAGCUGAUCGAUGUUUAGACAUGGGUUUUGAGGCUACAAUGAAUGCUAUUAUAGAAAAUUUACCUUCAGAAAGGCAAACCCUUUUAUUCUCUGCUACACAAACAAAAUCUGUGAAAGACCUUGUUAGACUCAGUUUAAAAUUUCCAACAUACGUUGCUCCUCAUGAACAGGCUGCUACGGUAACACCUGAAUCACUGCAGCAGAGUUACAUUGUGUGUGAUGUCGAUGAAAAGAUUGGUAUUCUCUGGUCUUUUAUAAGAAAUCACUUGAAGCAAAAAGUGUUAGUAUUCAUGGCAACUUGUAAACAGGUUAAAUACAUAUAUGAACUGUUUUGUAAACUAAGACCAGGUGUCAGCCUGCUUGCUUUAUACGGCACACUUCAUCAAGAGAAGCGAGAAAAAAUAUAUAAGGAAUUUUGUAGAAAGUCAAAUGUUGUACUCUUUGCUACUGAUUUGGCUUCUAGGGGUCUUGACUUUCCUCGAGUUAAUUGGGUAAUACAAAUGGACUGUCCUGAGGAUGUGGACACUUACAUUCAUAGAGCUGGCCGAACUGCCAGAGGGUUCUUUGGUAAGGGAGAAGGUUUGCUAAUGUUGUUGCCGCAUGAAGAAAAAUUUGUAGAAGAUCUUCAAAAUAGUAAAAUUCCAAUCCAAAAAAUUGCUGUAGACCCAUCCAAAGUUCAAGCUCCGCAGCGGAAAAUUGAAGUUUUACUAAACGACGGUGAACUUAAACAGAGUGCAAAGAGAGCUUUCAUGAGUUAUGUUAAGUCAAUAUUUCUAAUGAAAAAUAAACAAAUAUUUAAUGUUCAAUUAUUAGACACAGAUGCAUAUGCUAGAUCUUUAGGGUUGAUAAUUCCACCACAUGUCAAAUUUUUAAAAAAACAGCAAUAUGCUCAGAAGAGUAUAGAACAAGACCAAGAUGAUGCAAUUGGAAAACUGAAAUCUCGAACUGAGUCUGGUGGUGACACUGACCAGAGCGUUAGUGACGCUGAUGAUACACCUGUGAUCACACCAGAAAUGAAAACUCCGAAGAAAAAAGACAACUUUGUCAAAUUCGAUUUUCAUUGUAAUGCAGAUAGUGGUGACGAGAAUUUCGUGCAAACGGACAAUCUUGAUGAAGAUCCUGGAAAUGAACCUGUAGAACCAGAGCCAACUGUGUUGGAAAAUAUUGAUAAGCCUCUUACCAAUGCUGCAGUGGUUAAGAAAUUAUUAAAAAGGAACAUUAAACUAAACACAACAGUCAAGUUUACAGAGGAAGGGGAUGCUGUUGAAGAUGAAAGGAGAGAUGUAAAAUCAGAUCUUGCAAAACAGGUUCAUAAUGAGGAUGUUGCAGUUUUUGAGUCUGUCAAUUUUAAACAGUUUCUACGGGAUGAAGACAAAUGUGAUGUAAUAAGGUUCCGAGAAAAAGUGAGAGCCAAACACAAGGCAGAAAAACUUAAGUUAAAAAACAAAAAGAAAGAGGAGCAAGAAGAGAAGGAUGAUUUUGGAUCACAGUCAGAGUCCGAUGGACCAGAUCUAUCAUGGCUGCCAGACCCUGAUAAAAUUUAUGGUAAAAAAGAUGAUAGCAAUUCAGAUGUUGCUAGUGAACCUGCUGCGUCGGAUGGAGAAGAUAGCAAUUCAGAUGUUGGUAGUGAAACUGAAGCGUCGAAUGGUGAAGGUUCUGGUGAUGAAUCUGAAAUAGACCAAAAGCUCCACAAAGCUGCUAAGAGGAAAUUAGUAGAACCCGAGAGAGCCCCUCAGGAAAUAUUUGCUCCUCGAAAGAUGCGUAAAGUUCAGGAUAUAUCGGCGUCCCUCUCUGUUUCUGAGGCAGAGGCGCUGGCGAUGCAGUUGUUGCAGGCCAAAAAAUAA